AUGCUUACCCCACAUCCCGCAUCCACGCGCGACCCGAACAGCCCGACGCAGCACGCGGCAGCGGCGGCACGGCGGCGCCAAGACCUGAAGUGUCUCAUGGCAGGCCAUGCCGUAGCCGACUCAAUAUGCUACGACACUUGGGGCAACGCGGACUCAAACCAGCUGCCCUGCUCCGCCUCGGACUCGGCAGACGGAAGCGCGACGACAUGGUGCUGCAACAAGGGCGACUACUGUCUUUCCAACGGCCUCUGUCUCAGUCCCGGGUCCAACAACCUGAUGACCCAGCAAGGAUGCACCGACAAAGCCUGGGGCUCCCCGUGCAAGAAGUUCUGCCCCCCGAGCGGUGACGCAAACCGGGCGCUCAACGAAAUCCCCCUCAUCCCCUGCCCCUCCAGCCUCGACACCUCCACCAACGACAUCAAAUUCUGCUGCGGCCCCGACGCCGCCUCCUGCUGCCAGAACGCCUCGGCCUGGACGACCAUCCCGACGGGCAGCAUCCUCGGCUUGCCCGCCUCCGAAACCUCCUCCUCAUCAACAACCUCCUCCUCCUCCCUCCGCAUCGGCCUGGGCAUCGGCCUAGGCAUCGGCAUCCCGAUCCUGCUGGUCCUGCUCGCGGUCGCCUACCUGCUGGCGCAGCCGCACCUGCGGCGGCGGCGGCGGCGCCGCGCCCGCGCCCGCGCCGGCACCGCCGGCACCACCAGCUCCGAGAAGACCGGCUCGGACGCCGCCGCCCCGCGCUCCCGCCACCGCCGCGACUCCUUCGGCCGCGUCAACACCAACGGCCCGCCCAGCGACGACGGCGACGACUGGAGCCCGCAUCACCCUCACCAUCACCAUGCAUGGCCGCCCACGCUCGCGGCCUGGGCCGAGCGCUCGUGGGGGGCAGCGGCAGCGGCCGGAGACGAGCGACCGCAGAGCCCGCGGGAGAUGGAGGCGCGGUCGGGGAGCAGGCUGCGCGGGCGACUGUUCGGGCUCGGGUCCGGGCCGGCGGCGGCGGCGGCGGCGGCGGAGCUGCCGACCGAAGGGGGCAGCAGCCGGGUGGUGGUGGAGGACGGGGCCGGCGGGCGGGGCAAGGUGCGGGUCGCGGCGGAGGAGGUGGAGCUGCCGACGCCGGAUACGCCCCGGCCUCCCGCCGCUGCGGCGGCGGCGGCGGCGGUGGCGGUGGCGGGCGGGAGCGAGGGGAAGAGGACGGUCGGCGGGGAUAUGGAGGCUGGGCGGGGAGGGUAUCGGCCGUCUCGGGGCGGUGGGGGGCAGGAGGCCGGGAGGGAGGGGGAGGCGUGAGCUGUGAGCUGAGCUGCUGGGAGGUUUUUCUUUUUUUGCAUAGGUAGUAAUCUGGGGGAGUACUGUGUAAUCCGGGAGCUGGGGAUACCAUUUGAGAGGGUAAUGGAGCUUUGUGUGUAUACAUACCGCCGAGACGGCAGGUUUCGUAUCUCGACAAGUACGGUCACAGUCC